AUGGGUAGUACAGCAACUCAAAAGUUGCUUCUAGCACUAUCAAUUGUCCUGAUUCUUGUUGGAAUAUGUCUCACAUCUGCUGGUUGCUUCUCGCCAGCGUGGCAAGUGGUCGAUAUCCGUGAAUUCCGGGCGGAGCAUCAACACGGUCUAUGGUGGGAUUGCAUUCGGGCCGAAAAACACGUCGUUUCGGUCGGAGACUUUUAUGAUGAGACACCACUUCAUUGCAUGUACAAGUUCGACAACUCUGCUGAAUUGGUCAUCCAAAACACAUUGAACAACAUUGACGAAGACGGAGCAGCUGGAGAAUCAGAGCAUCAUAGAUUCUGGGCAUGGCACAAGGCUAUCCUCUUCUUCAUCGUCACUUCCGAAUUCUUGGCAUUCAUCUCAAUCUGUGCUGGAGUUUGUGCUCCAUGUGUCCCAUCUACCUCAUUCGCAUUCUCAAUUUCCCUUUUUAUUGCCAUGAUCCUAUCUCUGUUAGCUGAUGGAGUCUUCUUCCUCGCUGCCAAUCGAGUCGAUAACCGAUUCGUUCAAGGAAUGGUUGGAACUUAUGAACAAAGAAUCGGUUAUGCCUUCUAUCUCCAUUUGAUGGGAACUCUCUGCUGGAUCGGAGCAUUCAUUUGCACACUUCUCACCGUUUACAAAUUUGUUGCGGGAGGUCAAGAUGACGGAAGCAACGAACUCCCAUACAGAAGAGAAGAGCCCCUUCUCCACGACAAAUUCGCUUCUCCAACCGGAUAUCGACCGAGCCCACAGGUUCCAUAUCGAACAACCAGUAUAACUCAAUACCGUGAGACCAGUGCCUAA